UUUCCCGUUCCAGAGAGACCCCAAAUCUAGGGUUCCCUGAUCCCUGUUCCCCUUCCCCGGCGCGCAACGGCAGCAUCAAGCGGCCUCCCGGCCAGCAAGUCUUCCCUCCCCGCGUAGCCGCCCAUCCGCUAGCUCGCAAGCAUGAGCGGCCGGCGCCGGCCGGCAGCUGGAGGAGGCGGGGGAGGGGGAGGUGGCGGUGGUGGCGGCGGCGGCGGGAACUGGCGGAGGAGCGGCUCGGCGGCGGCGAAGGAGCAGCGGCUGCGUCUGGGCGCGGAGGAGCUCCUCGAGAGCCGGCUGGGAUUCGCGCCCUACACCGACGGGGAGCGGCGCCUUGGGUGGCUCCUCACCUUCUCGCCAUCAUCAUGGGAAGAUGAGGACACUGGGAAAAUCUACAGCUGUAUUGACCUAUACUUUGUGUCACAGGAUGGUUCUACAUUUAAAGUGAAAUACAAGUUUCGGCCUUACUUUUAUGCUGCGACUAAGGACAAGAUGGAGUUGGAAGUGGAGGCGUAUAUCAGGCGGCGUUACGAAGGGGAGAUUUCUGACAUAGAAAUAAUUGAGAAAGAGGAUCUAGAUCUGAAAAAUCACCUUUCUGGCUUGAAAAGAAAAUACUUGAAGCUUCAGUUUGAUACUGUACAGCAACUAAUGCGUGUAAGGAAUGACCUAUUACAUGUUGUUGAAAAGAAUGAAGAAAAACUAGAUGCCGUGGAGGCAUUUGAAACAAUUCAUGGUGUAAAAAGGGUAGAAAGGCCACAGGAUUACAUAAAUUACAUCAUUGAAUUGCGCGAAUAUGAUGUUCCCUAUCAUGUUCGUUUUGCUAUCGAUAAGGAUGUGAGAUGUGGACAAUGGUAUAAUGUUAGCGUAUCUGGUUCUGAUGCUUUACUUCAGAGAAGGGAAGACCUGCUUCAGCGUGCAGAAGUUCAUGUAUGUGCAUUUGACAUUGAGACCACAAAGCUGCCCCUGAAGUUUCCAGAUGCUGAAUACGAUACUGUAAUGAUGAUUUCGUACAUGAUUGAUGGGCAAGGUUACCUGAUAAUCAACAGAGAGUGCGUUGGGGAAGACAUUGAAGAUUUGGAGUACACACCUAAACCAGAAUUUGAGGGGCAUUUUAGAGUUAAGAAUGUUCCAACUGAGUUGGAUCUGCUUAAAGCAUGGUUUGCUCAUAUGCAAGAGGUUAAGCCCGGCAUUUAUGUCACAUACAAUGGUGACUUUUUUGACUGGCCAUUUUUAGAGAAGAGGGCUGCUCACCAUGGAAUAAAAAUGAAUGAGGAGAUUGGUUUCCAAUGUGACAGUAAUCAGGGGGAGUGUCGGGCUAAAUUUUCUUGCCAUCUUGACUGUUUUGCAUGGGUCAAGCGAGACAGUUACCUUCCACAAGGAAGCCAAGGUCUAAAGGCUGUUACAAAAGCCAAGCUAGGUUAUGAUCCUCUUGAGGUUAAUCCAGAAGAUAUGGUUCGCUUUGCAAUGGAGCAGCCACAGACAAUGGCUUCUUAUUCCGUAUCAGAUGCUGUUGCGACAUACUAUCUAUACAUGACCUAUGUACAUCCUUUCAUCUUUUCUCUUGCAACCAUAAUACCUAUGUCACCUGAUGAGGUAUUGCGGAAAGGAAGUGGGACACUCUGUGAAAUGCUGUUAAUGGUCCAGGCAUUCAAGGCUAAUGUCAUUUGUCCUAACAAGCACCAAGCUGAUCUCGAGAAGUUCUACAACAACCGUUUAUUAGAAAGUGAAACCUACAUUGGUGGUCAUGUUGAGUGUCUUGAAACUGGUGUAUUUAGAUCUGAUCUUCCCACAAAGUUCCAACUUGAACCAUCAGCAUAUGAGCAACUCAUUGGAAACCUUGAUCGUGAUCUGCAAUAUGCCAUUUCUGUUGAAGGAAAAUUGGAUAUUGCCUCUGUCACAAAUUAUGAUGAAGUCAAGGAUGCCAUAAAGCAAAAGCUUGUUUCAUUGCGAGAUCACCCAAUUCGUGAAGAGCGCCCUCUUAUCUAUCAUCUGGAUGUUGCUGCAAUGUAUCCAAAUAUCAUUUUAACAAAUAGACUCCAGCCACCAUCGAUAGUUACAGAUGUGGACUGCACAGCAUGUGAUUUCAAUCGUCCUGGCAAAAAUUGCCUCAGAAAGCUUGAAUGGGUCUGGCGAGGAGAGACCUACACGGCAAAAAAGAAUGACUACUAUCACAUAAAGAGGCAAAUUGAGUCAGAGCUGAUUCAAUCCGGUGGCAUCGCAUCGUCAAAGCCUUUUCUUGACCUCUCAAAACCUGAACAUCUACUUAAACUAAAGGAUCGUUUAAAGAAGUACUGCCAAAAGGCGCACAAAAGAGUAGUUGAUAAACCAAUUACAGAAGUUAGAGAAGCUGGAAUAUGCAUGCGUGAAAAUUCAUUCUAUGUAGACACAGUGCGAAGCUUUCGUGAUAGAAGGUAUGAAUACAAAGGUCUUAACAAAACAUGGAAAGGAAAAUUGGCAGAAGCUAAAGCCAGUGGAAACUCUAUUAAAAUUCAGGAAGCGCAGGACUUGGUUGUUCUAUAUGAUUCUUUGCAACUUGCUCACAAGUGCAUAUUGAAUUCUUUUUAUGGAUACGUUAUGCGCAAGGGAGCAAGAUGGUACUCCAUGGAAAUGGCUGGUGUUGUUACAUAUACUGGUGCAAAGAUUAUCCAAAAUGCUCGGCUCCUUGUAGAAAAAAUCGGAAGGCCACUGGAACUGGAUACAGAUGGCAUUUGGUGUGUUUUGCCUUGUUCUUUUCCAGAGAACUUUACUUUUAAGACAAAAGCUGGGAAGAAGCUAACAAUAUCUUAUCCCUGUGUCAUGCUUAAUGUUGAUGUUGCAAGGAAUAACACUAACGAUCAAUAUCAAACGCUGAAAGACCCAGUAAAUAAGCUAUAUACAACACACAGUGAGUGUUCCAUUGAAUUUGAGGUUGAUGGACCUUACAAGGCCAUGAUCUUACCUGCCUCUAAAGAGGAAGGCAUUCUGAUAAAGAAGAGGUAUGCUGUCUUCAAUGAAGAUGGCACCUUGGCAGAACUUAAAGGUUUUGAGAUUAAGCGUAGAGGUGAGCUGAAGCUCAUAAAAGUUUUUCAGGCUGAGGUAUUUGACAAAUUUCUCCACGGUUCAACCUUGGAGGAAUGCUAUUCUGCUGUUGCCUCUGUUGCUAACCGGUGGUUGGAUCUACUGGAUAAUCAGGGAAUUGAUAUUGCUGACAGUGAGUUGCUUGAUUUCAUAUCGGAGUCAAGCACAAUGAGUAAAUCUUUAGUUGAUUAUGGGGAGCAGAAGUCAUGUGCUGUAACUACAGCAAAAAGACUUGCUGAAUUUCUUGGAGAUUCAAUGGUUAAAGACAAAGGAUUACAUUGCCAAUAUAUCGUUGCUCGGGAGCCACAAGGCACUCCAGUGAGCGAGCGUGCUGUUCCAGUAGCUAUAUUUGAGACAGAUCCUGAGAUUGCGAAGCAUUAUUUAAGGAAAUGGUGCAGAAUCUCCUCUGAUGCAAACAUUCGUUCUAUUGUUGAUUGGUCCUACUACAAGCAACGCCUAAGUUCAGCUAUUCAAAAAAUUAUAACAAUUCCUGCUGCAAUGCAAAAGAUCUCAAAUCCUGUUCCUCGAGUCCUUCAUCCUGAUUGGUUACACAAAAAGGUCAGGGAGAAAGACGAUCGAUUUCGGCAGCGUAAACUACGGGACAUCUUCAGUCCCUUGGCUAAAGAUGAGGGGAUGCGGAGCUUGAAUGGGACUGGAGAUAUGGAAGAUUUACUAAUGUCAAACAAGGAUUUGAGAAAAAAAUCUUCCCAUGGUUUGGACAUUGACAAAGAAAAUGAUCCUAAUGGGGCGUCAGUGGGAGCUGGUUCGAAUAAUAGUAAAAACCAACAAAAUUCUAUAACUGGGUUAAAUGUUCCACUCUCUUCACAAAUCGAAAAUGCGGCUGCUGAUGAAUCAAUUGAUAGGAGUACUGAUUAUCAAGGAUGGCUUGAUGCUAAGAAGAGAAAAUGGAAACAUGUCCGUGAACAAAAGAAACGUCGGAGGUUGGGUGCUGCUGCUACUUUUGACGGUCCUACUAAUGCUUUGCUUUCUUCAAGAAAUGUGAAUCAGUUACCUGGCAACAGUCGAAAUCGAUCAACAUUUUUCCAGAAACAAGAAUUGGCCCUCUUUAGAUCACAUUGGCAGAUAAUCCAGCUUGAUUCAAGUACAACGCCUGGCCGCUUUUUUGCGUGGGUUGUGGCUGAGGGGAUCAUGUUCAAGAUUCCUAUCAAUGUGCCUAGAGUUUUUUAUCUGAACUCAAAGGCUCCUGUCACAGAAGAGUUUCCAGGAAGGCGUGUGAAGAAGAUUCUUCCACAUGGAAGACCUUGUUUCAAUCUCAUUGAGGUUGUAACUACUGAAGAACAGUUCAGGGCUGAAGGCAAAAAACUUGCUGCUCAUCUAGCAGAGCCAGAUGUUGAGGGAAUAUAUGAGACAAAAAUUCCACCGGAGCUCAAUGCUGUUCUCCAAAUUGGCUGUGUAUGCAAAGUGGACAAAUCUGCAAAAAAGCGAAGUAUACAAGAUGGAUGGGAUCUUGCUGAGUUGCAGAUGAAAACAACCGCAGAGUGCUCAUACCUGGAACAAACAGUUUCAUUUUUCUAUUUAUACCACAGCUUGUCUGAAGGAAGGGCUGUAUAUGUAUUUUACUUCCCUACAUCUUUCAGAAUACAUGCAGUGGUUGUCAAUCCUUUCCGUAACAAAGAAAUAUCUCCAUCAUUUCUUGAAAAGCAAUUUCGAGAUGCUUGCCAAGCCCUCGGUUCUGUUCCUGAGAAUCUCACUUUCCAUGUGGACUAUCAAACAUCAAUUGAUGCAGGUAGCAAAUACGUGCAAAGAAUGCUACUCGAGUACAGACAACAACAUCCUGGACCUGUCAUAGGUGUCAUAGAGUGCCCUAAACUCCAAGCUAUAAAGGCAGCUGUACGGGCACUUGACGAUUUCCCAUGUGUAACCAUUCCUAGCAAUGCAAGGGACAACAACUAUCAGGCUCUCGGUUGGCAAGCAACAGCUGGUCGAACAAGCAUGCAGCGUUGUGCUGCAUCAGCCCAAUGGUUUAAUGAACGGAUUUCACUCGCUAGAUAUGCUCAUGUGCCAUUGGGUAAUUUUGAACUAGAUUGGCUUCUUUUUACCGCUGAUGUGUUCUUUUCAAGGGCAUUGCGUGAUCAACAGCAGGUACUAUGGAUAUCUGAUGAUGGAAUUCCCGAUCUAGGAGGCACUUAUGAAGGAGACACAUGUUUUGCUGAUGAAGUCAUUCAGCCUGCACUUACUUAUCCUGGUGCGUAUAGAAGAGUUUCUGUUGAGCUUAAGAUCCAUCAUUUGGCAGUUAAUUCUCUCCUAAAAAGUAGUCAAGUGGAUGAAAUGGAAGGAGGAUCAAUCAGUAGCUUCGGAAGCGACAUGCCUCCUGGUCCACAUGCCACUGAGACUGACUUCGACGAUGCUAGCUUGUGCUUACCUGCUUUCCAGGUGCUAAAGCAACUCAUUCAAAGAUGCAUUUCAGAUGCAGUGUCGUCUGGAAAUGUAUUUGCUGAUGCAAUACUGCAACAUCUCUACCGCUGGCUUUGCAGCCCGCGAUCGAAGCUUCAUGACCCAGCUCUCCAUCGUCUUCUUCAUAAUGUCAUGAAGAAAGUCUUUGCUCUAUUGUUGGCUGAGUUUCGAAAGCUGGGAGCUAAUGUUAUCUUUGCGAACUUUUCCAAGAUUAUCAUUGAUACUGGAAAAGUAGACUUGGCAUCAGCACAUGCAUACUGUGAUAGCUUAUUAAAAACCUUACAGACAAGGGAUCUUUUCGAGUGGAUAGAACUAGAACCAUUGCACUUUUGGCAUUCCUUAUUGUUCAUGGAUCAGUAUAACUAUGGCGGCAUUCAAGCAAAAACACAAAAUGUGGACUCCUCAGAUGAUGAUAAUGAUAUUGACAUUGUCUCGAGCUGGAACAUAGCAGAAUACUUGCCAAAAGAUACACAAGAUCACUUUGUCUUAAUUGUAUCGGAGUUCCUAUAUAUUCCAUGGAAAUUUAUGAAAGAACAAGUAGCUACUCAAGCAACUAUAAGGGAUGAUACCUCAUGCACUCCAUCUAUAACGGUCAUGGCUGCUGAGAACCUUGAGGGUCAGGUCAUAGGACACCUCCGUGACAAGAUUAGCACUUACUUUGCCGACAAGCUUUUAAGAACUGUAAGUGAUAUACUUCACCAUUUCAAAGGGAAAAGCAAGUCUGAAUCAGAUGAACCUGCAAGUAGAGAAUCUGAUCCUCACACACAUAAAGGCGAUGCUGCAUUGGAGUUCAUUAAGCAUAUUUGUGCUGUUCUUGCUCUUGAUCAAAAUGUUCAGCAUGAUAUUCUGAGAAUGAGGAAGAACUUGUUAAAGUUGGUUCGCGUAAAGGAGUUUGCUCCAGAAGCACAAUUCCAAGAACCAUGCGCCUCAUUCACUCUGCCAAAUGUGAUUUGCAGCUAUUGCAAUGAUUGUCGGGACCUUGAUCUCUGCCGUGACUCAACGCUUCAAGGUCAGGAGUGGAGAUGCGCGGUGCCCCAGUGCGGGCAGCCAUAUCACCGUGAGCAGAUGGAGAACGCGCUGCUACAGGUGGUCCGGCAGCGGGAGAGGCUGUACCACCUGCAGGAUCUGGUGUGCCUGCGCUGCAGGCAAGUGAAAGCUGCCCAUCUGUCUGAGCAGUGCUCAUGCGGAGGCUCGUUCCGGUGCAAGGAAGAGUCGUCAUAUUUCCUCAGCAAAAUGCGGGUGUUCCUGAACGUUGCGGUCAACCAGAAAUUCCAGCUGCUGCAAGAUUGCGUGGAAUGGAUUCUUGAAGUUAGAUGAUGUGCGCGGCUGGCUCAGGUAACUUAGCGUAGCUGAUCACUUACCUGUAGCACCAACUUACCUAGGCUAGAUCUCCGAAGUGUACAUAAACGGGUGUAUAGUAGUAUCACGUUUCAGUUCAAUUUUCCGUGUAGAACUGCUCAGAUACUAUUGGUUCAUAUAUUUCAUAUUUGUAUCAGUAGCAAAGGUCAAAUAUGUGCGUAGUACUGCAGUAGUGCUUGUAUAAUGUGAGCGAUUAAUACGUAGCUGAUAUGCAAAUGCGGAUGAAGAAAAAUGCUUGUAAACAUUCUUGCCUAAGCAAUACGAACAACGGCUGGUAUUCAACACCCCUUGCUCUAAGGGCUGGAAUGUUGCAAUAUGAUAUGAUAUUUAAAGAAGGUAGUUCCAGAAA